AUGGCCUUUCUAAGAAUGAUAUUGAUGGAGUAUGGUAUGCCUACCAAGUUUGUGGAGCUGAUAAUGAACUGUGUAUCUACUGUCAGCUACUCAUUGAUACUAAAUAGAGGGUUAACAACUAAAUUUCAGGGGAAGAAGGGGCUAAGACAAAGAGAUCCAAUGUCUCCUUAUCGUUUUGUAUUGGUGAUGGAAUAUCUGAAUAGGGCAUUGAAGAAGCUGAAGGAUAACCCUGACUUUAAUUAUCACCCAAAAUACGGUAUCCAUCAAUUGUUGAUGGACAGAUUCAAUCAUUUUUCAGAAGUAUCGGGCUUGAAGGCUAACAUGGAGAAGAGUGUUUUAUACAUUGCAGGUGUUACAAAGGAAUUCAAAAAGAUGAUUCUGGAAGAGAUGCAAUUUAUACUAGGGGAACUACCAUUCAAAUAUCUUGGAGUACCAUUAUCCUCUAAAAAGCUGACAGUUCAACAGUGUAUGCCAUUGAUUGAGAAGAUCACAACUAGGAUUAAUUGUUGGACUGCUGAGUUACUAUCAUACAGUGGAAAGCUCCAAUUACUGAAAAGUGUAAUCUUUGAGAUGCAGACUUACUGGGCACAUGUGUUUUUAGUGCCAAAGAAAAUUCUUAAGCUAAUAAUUUCAGCUUGUAGAACUUUUCUAUGGACAGGAAGGGGUGAGCCAUCAAGAAGAGCUUUAAUUGCAUGGGACAUAGUUUGUAUGCCUUUCUCAGCAGGUGGGUUAAAUGUGCUAGACAUUCAUAUAUGGAACAAAGCUGCACUGUGUAAACUACUAUGGGCUGUUAGUGCAAAGAAGGAUACCCUAUGGAUACAUAGCUAUUACAUCAAAGGGCAAGAUAGCAUGAGGAUGGAUACUCCUAAACAAGCAUGCUGGCUUGUUAGGAAGAUUUUUGAUAUGAGAUAUUGGUUUCUAGAAAAGUAUACAAGUGUUGAGUUACACAG